AUGGUCUCUUUACCACCCCUCGCACCCUUCCCCCAGUCAUCAUGGCGACAACAUCUCUCCCCCAGCGAAUGGAACACACUCCUACAAUCCUGGACAUCUAUAUGCCGCGCCAUUUCGUCCCUGUCUGAAAAGGACAUCAAGACUGCCCUGUCGCGCGACGACUCCAUUGCAACAUUCCUAGUCUCUUUCGCAGAGGAGACAGCAGAGGCAGGAUUCACAAUACUAGACUCUCACUCGACAACACUGCCAAAAGCUGUAUUUCAGCUCAUAUCGAGAGUCUUCGCUGUAUCUCCACCUCCUCAACUAUUCGAUUAUGCGUUCUUGGCAAAUAUCGCAAGGAUAUUCCCCAGGAAAGCUACUGCCCCUCUUAUUGCACAGCUCUUUCAGCAACAUGCUGCUGCGCUUGAGGCUUCUCUCACUGGCCUGAAGAAGCAACUUAUCCCACAGUUAGAGGCUGGUAUCAAGGGUGAUUUGAAGAGCGUUGAGGCUCGUUUGAUACGACUGAAUUAUCUUCUACAUGCUUCGUCAGACACCUGCACUCUAUUCCUUGCGGGAUCUGAUUUCCUCGAUGGCCUUAUUGUGUGCUUCCGUGUCAUGAAUCCUCCUCUGCGCAAGGUGAUCUUGACCACGACGUAUCUAUGUCUAGUUGGAUUAAUAGAUACUGAACCGGCCAAAUGGUCGAUGCUGAGUGAUCAACUAUACGCCCUCAAGGAAGCGGCUGAUGCUCACAAGGCUGGCCCUCUCAACGUCAACGACUCACUUGUCCCUGAGCUCAUCACCAACACCCCCAUUUUGAAGAUACUACUUCGGAGGGCGGAGGAUACCGGCGCGGCGACCGAAAAUCUCAAGAAGCGAAUUACGGCCUUGGAGAGCUACAGGAAGGGAGCCAUGGUCCGUCCUAAACGACUUAUAAGAAGGAGAUUGGAUAAAGGUAAAGGAAAAGAAACGCAGCCAGAGGUGGAUGCCGACAUUCAUGUUCACAAAAUGAGCCAAAUCACUCAGGUUCAGGAUUUGUUUCCUGAUUUGGGAUCCGGUUUCGUGUCCAAAUGUCUAGAUGAAUACGGAGAGGACGUGGAGCAGGUCGUUUCCAAUCUGCUAAGUGAGACUCUGCCACCUCACUUAGCUGAUGCUGACCGCAGUGAGUCCUUGUCAUCACACUCUGAAGCAGGACACACAGAGCUUGCACCACGACCUACUCCGCCUCAGGUUCCCGCACGACACAAUGUUUUUGACGACGAUGAUUUUGACCGCCUUGCCAUGGACGUUUCUAAGGUUUCAUUUGGAAAGAAACCAGGCAAGAACGCCGAUGAAAUGCUCAAAGAUAAAGCAAACGCGCCGAACAAAUCGGCCAUUCUCUCUGCCCUCGCGGCAUUCGAUUCUGACGAUGACGAACGUGAUGAUACAUACGAUGCUGACGAUGUGGGUGGUACUGUCGACGCCUCCAACCAGGAAGCCGAUGCGGCGAGCGACAGCAACGAGGAGGCAUUGUUCCGUGCGUACCAGAUGGACUCCAAGCUGUUUGACCGUGAUGCUGCCACAAGGCGUAGUAGCCCGCGAGCCAAACUGCGGGAAGAAACCGGAAUGACAGAUGAAGCCAUCGAGGGAUGGGCCCUCAUCUUAGUCAGGAACCCCCAGCAGAAGCGACGAUUAGAGGCCAAGUAUGCCUUUAGUGGACAACAAGCGCAACUAGAACGCACAUCUUGGCGAGAAUCUCCAGCUGGGUCGGGAGAAGAAGGAAGCGAACCUGACGGUGGAUCAUCGAGAGGUGGCAGAGGUGGUGGUCGAGGGCGAGGGCGAGGUCGGGGAAGAGGCGGCAAUGUUGCGGGACCUACAGGAAAGAAGGAGACGGAAACUGCUAGGAAGAACAAGGAAGCAAAUAAGGGGUCUCGGGCGAACCACAACAGACGUGAUGCUCGAGCAAAGAAGAUGGCACGGGGAGGUUUCGCUGGAUGA